AUGUGGGAGAGACACUGGAUGGUCUGCCGGGGGCUCUUCUUGGCGACUUGCUGUGUGGCCUUCACUGGGGUGAUGCUCCCCUCGAUUGCUUUAGCCGUGGGGGAAAGGAAGAAACGGGACACGGCGCCGUCGCCCGCGCCCGUCGUGAACUUGCACGUGGACUUGCCUAACACGGACAAGUUCAACGCGAAGGCUUCGCUCGUGCGAACUAGAGAGCUUCAGGACAUAGUGAACACGGGGCAGCGCAAAUUUGAAGAAGACAUUUUCGGUAACUUGAACUUAAGUCUGAACUUGAACUUAAGUUCUGAACUUGAACUUGAACUGACGGGUGCACACGCUGGAAACCUCUUGGCGACAGAUUUCCAACAGAUCAUCCAGCAGCAGGUUUGCAAAACUUGA